CAUUGGGCUUGAAGUUGCUGUGACACUGUUCUCAUUCAGUGCUUUGCUAGUCUUUCAUCUGUCCACCUCUAGCUUGUCCUAGAGUUUGAAGGAUCCGCCUAGAGGGGAAAAAAAAAUGCAGUGGUACAUAGUUGCUUCUCUCCUCACCAUUUUCACCAGUUCUCAGGGGAUCUUAACUACACUAUCUCAAAGUAAUGGGAAAUACAAGUAUGACUAUGCCACUGUUCCUUUUCUUGCUGAAGUGUUUAAGCUUCUAGUUUCUAGUUGUCUUUUAUGGAGAGAGUGCCAGAAAUCACCUCUUCCCAAGAUGACUACAGAUUGGAAGACCAUUCGGUUGUUUCCUAUUCCUUCCAUCAUUUACUUGAUCCACAACAAUGUUCAGUUUGCAACUUUGAUUUAUGUAGAUACAUCCACCUACCAAAUAAUGGGCAACCUUAAGAUUGUCACUACUGGAAUUUUAUUCAGGCUGUUCCUUAGGAAGAAACUUUCUAAUCUGCAGUGGAUGGCAAUUGUUCUGUUGGCUGUUGGAACAACCACAAGCCAGGUAAAGGGCUGUGGAGAGGCUUCCUGCGACUCCCUUUUUUCUGCACCAAUUCAGGGGUACAUGUUAGGAAUUCUGUCUGCUUGUCUUUCAGCAUUAGCUGGUAUUUAUACAGAAUUCCUGAUGAAGAAGAACAAUGAUAGUUUAUAUUGGCAAAAUGUACAAUUAUAUACGUUUGGUGUAAUUUUCAACUUGGCUCGGCUUGUCCUCGAUGAUUUCAGAGGUGGGUUUGAGAAGGGACCAUGGUGGCAACGCCUUUUCAAUGGAUAUACUAUUACAACGUGGAUGGUGGUACUGAACCUAGGGUGUUCUGGACUUUUAGUUUCUUGGUUAAUGAAAUAUGCUGACAACAUUGUCAAGGUGUAUUCAACAUCAAUGGCAAUGCUAUUGACUAUGGUUCUCUCCGUAUUCCUAUUUAGUUUCAGGCCAACAUUACAGCUCUUCUUGGGAAUUAUUGUUUGCAUGAUGUCGCUACACAUGUAUUUUGCACCCCCAGGGAUGCUUGUUGAUCAACCUUCCACGGGAAAAGCAGACCCAGAAAGUCUUGUAGAUGUUUCUAUUGAAAGAAGAACAGACUCAUGAGCCAUGAUGUACGAUUUUCAUCAAAAGCUAACAAUUCUUUGGUUAGUUUUUAAUUAAAUUAAUAUUGUAAAAGUUAGCAUCUUUCCUGAUGAUCUGCUACGAAAAGAGCAUUCAUCACUUUUGAUAGUAAACCUAUUUUGAUAAACUUAUUUAUACCACGAUGGUUACGGAA